AUGUCGACCACAAAGCUGCGAAUCUUCUUCGCGCAACGGGAGCAUAAGAGCACACAGGAGUCCAAUGCUCUGGAGAGGAUCUGGGAGGACAAAGCGCAGGAUAACGCUCAUUGGCAAAGAAAGAACAGGCAGUCGCACUGGCAUGCCGGAACUGAUCAAUGCCCCGUUGGAAGUGGUCUGGCAUGUCUGGAGAGUUCUUUAACGGUUGGACAGCAAGGACCGCAUGCAAGAUCUGUGGGAGAUGCCGAGACCGACCAUGCUGAGGGUGGUGAAGAUUUCUCCCUUUGUGGAGAUCGAUCGAUUUCGCUUUUAAAAUGUACAGAAGCAUCAGAACCUGCUCCUGAACCCGCUAGCGGAAGCGGCAAAGACGAUGUGGACAAGCCUUUCCAGCCGUAUGUCAAGAUGGACAGUGGCAGAGAGGUUUUUUUCGAGGCGACCCCACAUACCACACAUUCACAGAUGGAGCACAAAGAGGCUCAGGUGGAGACACCAAAACACCAGAAUCUGGGUCCUGAUGGUCCUGAUUCUGAUGGUCCUGAUGAAGGGCUAUCCAAACUGCUGGAACAUUUGAUGCAACCCAAUGAGGCCACGCAUUCUGAAGAUCAGGUACCAGACUGCAUCUUCUGGCAGAAAAGCCGUGGGCAUGGAAGGAGCAGCGUAUCCAAAAUGCCGAUUCUGCUCUGA